CACAGAGAGAGUCGCGCGCAUUCUCUCCAUUAUAAUAACCUCAAAAUAUUCCAGACAAAUCGGGCGGGAAAAAAAGAGCACGAAAACAAACGUUAAUCGAAUUUCAGCAUCAUGGGGCACCUGUUAAGCCGCUGGUGGUGGGGCGGCGAUCCUGACGCCACAAGCCCGGUGUCGGGCCUGACUCUGCGCCAGGUAUACCAGGUUCAAAGAACCUGGCGGCCCGUGAACGCAGACGCGGGUAAAUACGGAAUAGAGCUGUUCUUGAGGUUAUUUCGUGCUGACCCAGAAACGAAGACAUUUUUCAAAGCUAUCCGCGAUCUCGACGAGGACAGGAUAAAAAACAGUUACCGGUUUAAAGCACACGCCAUCAACUUCAUGUCUGCUAUUAGCCUGGCCGUGACCAACCUGAGGCAACCAGAAGUGGUUGUGGCUAUGAUGGAAACACUUGGAGAGUCACAUAGCAAGAGAAAAAUUUCUACAAAGUAUUUUCAUGAAACAAAAGAUGUCUUGGUAGGAAUGCUGAAGAAUGAUUUAAAAUUGACUAACGAUCAAAUGAUGGCGUGGGAAACAUUCAUAAGUUUUAUAUACAAUCAUAUUUUUGAUAAGUUAUAUUUAACAUAAGAUUAUUUUUACUGUUACUGACUGACAUUUUUAAUAAGUUUUAGGUGCUUUUGUUAUACGUUUUAGUUUUUUUAAUUACAUUGUAGCUAUUAUAAAGCAAACACCCAAAAUUCGCUAAUGCAAUUUAGAAUAAAACAGCGUUAUCUAAUAGCUAUAAUAUAAUCAUAUCCUGCACCAUAAAAAACUCGUAUGAACGUGAAACAAAGACCUUAAAUAAGUCUUGAGAUGAUUCUUCAGAUUUUCAUUAAUAAUUGGUGGAUAUGAAGAAGAAUAAUAAUAAAAUUUAUUUAGUCAGGACGCAUACAAUAUUUCUUAGGACUAAAACACUUGUAGUUAGUAUAAAGUAGUUUAAGAAAAUCAGUAUGUGACAACACCACGGAUAAAAGUAGGCCGUUUUGAUAAUUGUGAAUUAUUUUACCAUUAAUUAACCGAUUGUGAAAAUCAGGCAUCUAUAUUUAAAUCAUAAAAAUGCAGAAUACAAUGAUGACGUUUAUAAGAUUAGUAACUAAGUAACUAAGGUGUGGUUGAUUUUCUGUGAAAUAAGACUAUAUUUCUUUCUUAACUAAUAUUAUAUUUUCUAAAUAUGGUGCAAGUAUUAGGAUGUCUCAUUCCACUUACCUGUCAUCAACAUGUUUCUGUGAUAGCUAAAAAACAUUGCCACAUAUUUUUUUAAUUCGUUGUUAAAUUAUUGCGCUGCAGAGUUUUCUUGGUCUAACUCUAGGUACCUGAAUAUAGUAUUUCAACCGCAUAAAUUUCCCUCUAAAAUAAAACCGAUUUAUAAGACCGAAAAGUGAUCCCAUAAUUGUUCCGUGAAUGCUGUUUUUCACCACACCAGCUGGUAAAGGCUAUCUUGAUUAUUCAAAAACUGAUGAGAAAGUUGCAUUUUAUUCACAUGUGGGGCUAAAUAAUUAAAUGUAAAUUCUGAGUUGUUUCCUUAUUUUGGCUGGUAGAAUUGACUUUUAAAUGAUGGUUUUGAAUGAUAAAAUUAAAUAUUUAAUAACGUUAAUUUUAUUGAUUUGCUUUGAUUUUGUUUGAUAAUUUACAGAGAGUAUUUUCCUUGUGUUGGUAUGGUGAAAACGUUUGUGUUUUACUCGGUCGGCAAAAUUUGUUUAACACUCGUGCCUUGAAACCCUCGCAACGCUCAAGGUUCCAUUUUUCGAACCACUCGCUAUGCUCAUGGUUCAAUUUUGGAAUCUUUCGCUUGCUCGGGUAUCAAUAUUAGCACGAGUGGUUAAACAACAACGCCUUGUAAAACAAAUAACUAUUGUGCGGUACACUAAAUACUGAAGGGAUUCAGGAAAAAGCAAUACGUCAUUCAGGAAAACUAGUAUGGAGCACCAUCCAUGUUUUAAAAGUAUGACAUUAAUUUCUUAGUGUAUAUCGUUUGCAUGAAUCUCAAAUGGAGAUCAUAUUUUAAAACUUGGCUACUACUUCAAAACGCCCACCGUAGCUACUAUGUUUUAUUUAAGAAUGAAUUUGUUAACCACAUCCAUUAUUUAUGAGGAAAAUGUUACUUAUGAAUUUUACAAGCCUACCGUGCCUUCAUCAAUAUUAAUAGGACUGAGAUUAUUUACAACAGCUGUGGCUUGUCAUCCAAAAAUCAUGUCACGCCAUCGUAAAUAGUUCAACAACAGAAAAGUUGAAAGAUAGUCAAAAGGUAGUGAAGAAAGAAAGUCGGGCGCGGGCCAGCCCCAACCCCAUCCUGCGUUUGAUAUCUAGCCGAAAGGUUUGACUGCCCAUAUAUGAGGCACUGUGAUGACAUGCAUAUUUCUAGAAGGAUUUAUUAUGUAUAACCGCUACUUAGGUAGGUAUGUACUUCUAGAAACAUAACUUUAAUUUGAUUUCAAUUUUGUUUUAAUUUUAAUGUUAAUUUUAUUAAAAUAAUAA